AUGCGUGUCUUUUACCCGCUCCUCCCCAGCCUGGUGGCGGCAGCAGAUCUAGCUUCGAAGCCUAACCUCCUCUCCUACGGACAAAAAGGCCCUCUGCUAGGAAACUUCUUUGGGACACCAGGAGCCAACGCAACUUUUGACUAUGUGAUCGUCGGAGGUGGGAAUGCCGGCCUGACCGUCGCCAGCAGACUCGCCCAGAACCGAUCCGUGAGCGUCGCGGUCGUCGAGGCCGGAAGCUUCUACGAGAUCGACAAUGGGAAUAAAUCAGUCGUACCUGGCUACGGGCCAUACUAUGCAGGGUUAGACCCGGAGGAUUACCAGCCGCUAAUCGACUGGGGGUUCGUAACAAGCCCCCAACCUGGGGCAGGCAAUCGCACCGCACAUUAUCCCCGAGGCAAGACGCUCGGAGGUAGCUCUGCUCGGAAUUUCAUGUUCUAUCAUCGGCCCACGGCAGACAGCAUGCAGAGAUGGGCGGAUGAGGUGGGUGACGAGAGCUAUGCUUUCGACAAGAUGCUUCCGUUCUUUAAGAGGUCGUGUCACUAUACGCCUCCGGACCGGAGUCUGUAUGUCAAUACCACUAAUACGCAGACUCCGGAUGCGUUUGAUCCUUCUGGGGGUCCCCUAGAGGUUUCUUUUGGCAAUAGUGUUGAUGCCUUUGGUACUUGGGCCCAGAGGGCCUUCACUGCUGUGGGCAUGGAGCAGAUCGAUGGCCUGAACAGCGGCAAGCUGCUAGGCGCUGCAUAUGGGAGCUCCACGAUCAAUCCCAGGAAUGCACAGCGCUCCUCGUCCGAGUCGAGUUUUCUGCAGGAGGCAAUCAGCAGCGGCUCGGCUCCUACGAUCUACAUCAACGCCAUGGCGCAGAGAAUCCUGUUUGACUCGAACAAGGGUGCAACCGGUGUCCAGGUCUCAACCGCAGGGACGUUCGGGACAGCACCGGUCAAUUACACUUUGAAUGCUCGCAAGGAGGUCAUUGUAUCUGCAGGUGCCUUUCAGUCUCCCCAGUUGCUCAUGGUAUCCGGCGUUGGACCCUGCUCGAAGUUCGGCAUCGAUUGCAUCCACGACCUGCCCGGCGUGGGCCAGAACUUGCAAGACCACACCUUCUUCGGCUCCGCGCAUCGAGUCAACGUCCUCACAUCGUCCGCAGCGGGCAACGAUCCAGCCCUGGCUGCCCUGCUUGCAGAGCAGUACCUCGCAAACGCCACAGGCCCGCUGUCCAUCUUCGGCUCCGGAUACUACGGUUUCGAGAAGCUGCCCGACCCGUACCGCUCCCGGCUCUCCGACGACUCCAUCCAGGCAUUGUCCGGUGUCCCGAGCGACUGGCCGGAGAUCGAAUGGCUGCCGCUGAAUGCCUGGGUCGGCGACGGGUCCAACUACAUAGCCGGCGAUCCGCUCGAUGGACACAACUACGCCACCAUCGCGACGGCCCUCGUUGCGCCGUUCUCCCGUGGAACCGUGACGCUGGCAGAUGCGAGUAUGAACACGCCGCCCAUCAUUGACCCGCAAUGGCUUGUUGACCCCACGGAUGUGGACCUGGCGAUUCAGUCCUUCAAGCGAGAGCAGGUCCAGACGGACUCGCAGAUCCGCGAGUACCUGGCCAAAAGUGUGAUGCCUGUGUAUCAUGUGGCUAGCAGUUGUAAGAUGGGACGAGAAGAGGACCCGUUGGCGGUCCUGGAUAAUACCGCUCGUGUCUUCGGAGUACGAAACCUGCGAGUUGUUGACGCCAGUAGUUUUCCGUUCAUAACGCCGGGACACCCGCAGGCGGUGGUGUAUGCUCUUGCGGAGAAGAUUGCAGACGACAUACUGGCUGGAAGAUAG